AACCAGCUUCCUGUACAUUGAAAGGCAGCAUCAUCAUCGCCACUCCUCCAGUAGGAAGGGCGCAUCCCGGAUAGCUAGCUGGCUAGCUGUACUCACUGCAAAACGAUGGCAGUUAACCUCAGCAAAAACGGACCUGCAUUAACAUCUGCAUUUAAAGAAGUGGUGGAUGAAAAAUCCAACACUAACUGGGCCUUGUUCACCUAUGAGGGAAACAGUAAUGACAUCCGCCUGGCAGAGAAGGGGGAUGGAGGACUGGAAGAGCUGGUUGAGGAGUUGAACAGUGGAAAAGUGAUGUACGCUUUCUGCAGAGUCCUGGAUCCAAACUCUGGUCUGCCAAAAUAUGUCCUCAUCAACUGGACUGGAGAAGGAGUGAAAGAUGCCAGGAAAGGAAUAUGUGCAAAUCAUGUCAGCUCCAUGGCCAAUUUUCUUAAGGGGGCCCAUGUCACAAUAAAUGCCCGCGCCGAGGAGGACGUGGAACCUGAGGUGAUCAUGGAGAAGGUGGCCAAAGCCUCAGGAGCGAACUACAGCUUCCACAAAGAAUCCUCCAGCCGCUUCCAGGACAGCGGUCCUCAGGGUCCUGUGGGUUCAGUGUACCAGAAGACCAACGCCAUGUCCGAGAUCAGAAAGACCAACAAAGACAGCUUCUGGGCUAACGCAGAGAAAGAGGAGGAGAAGCGCCGCCAGGAGGAGCGACGCAAGGCAGAUGAGGAGCGCCAGCGCCUGGAGAGAGAGAGGAAAGACAGGGAGGCCAACGAAGCAGUGCAGAGGGACAAGAGGGACAAAGAGAAGGCCAGUCAAAUUGAGGAACAGAAGAAGUACCAGCAGAAGCAGGACUCUGUGAGUAAAGAGCAGGAGAAACAACGCUGGGAGGAGGAGGAGAACGAGGCGGCCCAGAGGAAAGCAAUCAAGAGAGGUGAAUCUAUCGAAAAGGCCAAUGAGGCGGCAUCUCUCAUCUCUCAACGUGCUAUGAACCCCAGAGAGAUGUUCAAGCAGCGAGAGAGGGGCAUCACUCCCAGUGAAUCAGACGUCCCCUCUGCUGCACCUGCGAGCCCCCAGCCAGGGCGUCUGCAAAGCCCUUUUCUGUCUAAGCCAGUGUAUGAGUCUGAGCGAGCCAGCUCACCUCAGCAGCGCCAAGCUUCCCCAGUGCCAGCAGGCUCCGCCUCUCCUGUCCAUGCCACAGAGCCUGAUGUGGAUGAUGGACAGUCCAGGUGUGAGUAUGAUGAGCAGGAGCCGACCCCCGAGGAGCAGCCGAAAGAAGAGGCACCAGCUGCCAACUCCUAUGUCCAAGAGGAAGCUCACGAAGAGCCCGCUCAGGUGGAGGAGACUAACUCGUAUGAGGUGACUCCAGAGGAGACAGCAGACAGAGGCAUCUGUGCCAGAGCUUUAUAUGACUACCAGGCUGCUGACGAAACGGAGGUCUCAUUCGACCCCGACGACAUCAUCACCGGGAUCGAGAUGAUAGAUGAAGGCUGGUGGCGAGGCUACGCCCCGGACGGUAGUUUUGGAAUGUUCCCAGCCAAUUACGUGGAGCUCGUCUAGCCGAGCAAGCCCCUUCCCACCCCUCCACCGCACCCCCAGAUUAUCACAGUGGCAGCCCUGUUAGAGGACCUCUGCAGUAAAAUAACACACAGCAGUGAGUCCCCGCACACACUCGUGAGGUGAUGAGGCUGAAACGGAACAGGUGAUCCUCCACAUCAUGGACCAAUAAUCGGAUGGUAAUCGCGGGGCCAGAAAAUGUUUUCCUCAUAUCAAGAAAGUAAUUCAUUAAAUUGUUGAUGUUGUGAGCAGCUGACGGCAUAGUUUAGGGAUUUGUGAAGACCCCUAGACCGACCAAAACUUCCCCAGAUUCCCCUGAAACAUCCAUCUCUUUACCUUUAAAUGUGAUGCAGUACGAUAUCAGCCUUCUGUUGAGUCUUAAAUGAAAUUGUGAGCGUUUAUGGCACUUGUAGUUAGCAUUCCUUACAAAGUGACUUCAGUUCUAUUUCAGGUAUUUUUUUUUUACUUGUAGCAAAUAGGCUCCUGUACAUUUCAGGAAAAAAAAAAAUCAAAGAUUGUGGUACCAGCUACAGUAUAAUCCUUUGCCUUGUUUUUGCCUUUCUUUACUGGAAGACUGAAUUAUUCUCUUUUUUUUAAGUGAUUGAACCUUCAUCCUGUGUGACUUUCAAACCAUGCUUUAGUACUGAUCUGACUGUGUUUGAAGUGAAUAUUUGCUGUGCUCUGGGUGGUCCACUUUAGUGGGGAAUGCAUCAAAAAGUUAAGUUUCCUUUUAACUGUGAGUAUUUAACGGUUCCUUUACAUUUCAAGUCCUUUAUUUUUCAUCUGAACCAGAUUAUUUCAACAUAUUUAACACGUCAGAGUACAGCUGCACAGAAGAAAGAGUAAGUGAGUGAAUCAUUUUAUUUUGAAUCUCGCUGGUCUGAGGUCUAGUUUGAGUGCACAUAAGAUCAAUAAUGUGUGGUAUUACGGUGCCAGGAAGAAGGGAAGUGAGUGCAGUGAGUGGUGGCAUUCAGAUAAGAAUUAGAGCACUAUGUCAGCUGAAUUUGAAAGCCAAAUUUAUGCAACUUCCUAGUUUUUAUCAUGGAACAAAAGUCUUGCUCUUUAAGCUUUUAGCUCUGUCCACAAGACAAAAUGAAUCGAUCAUGAAUUAAAAAAAGGGCAUCAUGUAUCCAAUGCAUUAUUCAUUUGUUUUUCCAGAGUCUAUUGUAAUGCACAUUCUUCAUAAUAAAAUGAAUAAACAAG